UGUACGCGAAACGCUUUCCCCACCGGUUAAUGAAAUUGAACCCGGGGUCGAAAGCUGGGCAUUUUUUGUCAGGUCUUUGCUAUUUGACUUGACUUCUAUCCACCAUACCUCCCGCGAUGUCAUCAGCGGCACCUAGACCGAAGCCAUGGGAGACUUCUCAGACUCAAGCUGGAUCGGCAUCGAACGGUCCAUCCGCGUUUGAGACGGCAGUAGCGACUUCUAGCUCAAAUACCGCCCCCAAACUGCCGGAUAGACCUGCAGGGUUUGACAUUGCUGGUCCGAGCAACUAUGCACAGUCGUCUCUCUAUCAGCCACGUUAUACAACGCCAUCGUAUGGGAUGUCAAACUAUGGUGGCUAUGGAGGAUAUAGUGGGUAUGGAUACGGUGGACCUAUGAGCCGGUUUGGAGGAGCAGGUGGAUAUGGAUAUGGGGGAGGGUAUGGGAUGGGAGGAUACGGAGUAGGCGGUAUGGGAGGUCCCGGCGAGGGCUACCCGACUCUCACGUCGUCAUUACAAGCUACGACUGCACCUGCUUUUGCUAUCAUCGAGUCCAUAGUCACCGCCUUCACCUCUCUCGCUCAGCUUGUCGAAUCGACCUACAUGGCCACUCAUUCGUCGUUCUUCGCCAUGGUAGGCGUAGCGGAUCAAUUAGGAUCCCUCAAGACCUAUCUUGGUCAGGUCCUCGGGGUGUUCUCCAUCCUGAGACUAGGUCGCCGUAUAGUUGCCUGGCUUCGGGGCAAAAAAAUCAAUACGGAGGGCUGGGCAAAUGAAUGGACAGCAGGGGGCGGUCCUCCAGCCGAGAGACCCAGCUCGAAACCUCUCAUCUUAUUCUUGCUCUCCGCUGUCGGAUUACCGUGGCUUAUGUCACGCUUGGUCAAACUGUUAAUCGCCACGACUGCACAGCAACAGCAACAGGGGAUGAUCGCUUCAGAUGGAACGUUGGAUCCUUCAAAGCUCGUCUUUGCCAGAGCAAGAUGGGAGUUCAAUGCAAAUGAAGAAUGGGAAUUACCCCUUGGAAGGGAUGAAAUCGUCGCUGUAUUGGAGCGAAGGGAUAAUGGAUCGUCAGAGCAAGAGAGAGGUUGGUGGAGAGGCAGAUUAAGGAAUGGUAAAACGGGUUGGUUCCCUGGCAAUCAUGUAGAAAUCAUCAAACGUCGAGAUCAGCAGAAGCAGCAGCAGCCUCAGCCGCAGCAGGAACAAAAUCCGCCAAAGCCAGGAGGGACAUAGAUUGUAGAUGAUGUGUUGUAUUGCUUGGCGUGAUCAUUGCUUGGAUUCCAGCAAGCAGCAGCGGCAGCAAGAAGCAGCAAGCAGCAGCUUAUGAACUUGCCCCCGACCUUCCCCGCGGGCUUCGGGCCAUUCGUGAAAAAAUUGUCUCCCCUUUUCCGAUGCGGUGACUGUGUUGUAUGUGUUUGCCCGUCUCCGUGUCUGUGAUCGAUUGUGGGACGAUGAAUGGAGGAUGCAUUU